UCUAGCAUGUCUACAUACCUACAGGCGUGGCGCGAGGGCUCACUGGCUUGAAAGUCAGUGAUCACUGGGUCUAUACCAUAACCGAAGCUCACCUGGGCACUCGCGAAGGUUCUCCCUCACACACGAUGGCAACCGAUGAUCCCGAAAGCCUCGGCUCGACAAUGAGCAAACAGAUCGAUGACUUUCAAAGCAGAACACUCACUUCCGAUCUCUCACGACUAAAGGACAGCUGCGCCGAGAAGAAGAUCGAGCGGAGCCGUCUCAUAUCCGAGUGCGCUCAAAAAUCAGCUGAGAGAGACUCUAUCGCUUCUCAUAUUGCCGCUCUCAAAAACGAGCGCGAUAUCCUGCGUUCAGAGGUAGAAAGUACCGGGCGGGAGCGUGAGGUUCCCUAUCAAGGUGGAGAAAGCCUCUCCAGCUCUGUGAACGAAAUCGGCAAAUUUAAGCGGAAAAUCUUGGCUCUUGAACUUCACCUCGAACAGGUCGAGAAGCAGAAAGGUCAAAUAGUCAAGGAUGAACGUGAGGUCGCGAGGGGCUUGAGGGAACGGAUCGGUCAAUUGGAGGCGUCGGUCCGGGUUGAAAGGGCUCGCGUUGAGCAAGUCGAGUGCGCUAAAAAGGAACUGGACAGACAGAGAAAAGACCAGGAGGAGCAUCUUGACAGCCUUAUUCGAUCGAAAUCGAGAGAGAUCGAGGAGCUACAGAGUGUAUUGAGAGAAGCGAACCAAAAAGUGGCCAAGGUCAUUUCAGAACGUGAUGACUUACUGGUGAAGAUGUCUGAAGUCGAAGCGGCCAAGCGGGCGGAAAGUGUGACCCCCAGGAAAGCCCUCCAACCCCGUCCAGCCAAUUCAAUCAUUCUGAGCCGACCUCAAUCGCCAAUAACGCCUACGAAACAGCAACGAGAUAAACAUCAACUUGGACACCUAAAUGAGCAACAUGUGGCGCUUCGAUCAGAGAGUACAAAGCGCUGGAAAUGGCGAGAAUAGAAGUCAAGAAGAAGCGCAAGGCCGAAAAGAAGGCCGCGAUUGCCAUUGGGAGGGCAGGAACUGUGUUCAAGCCGGAUCAUGGGACGGAAAAGCCGCCGAUUCGUGGUCCGAGUGACUCACGGCCAGUGUCUUCUGGAGAACGAGAGGAUCAGGGUCACCCUGAUACAGUUCUUUCUUCACAAGCUUCCAAUCCACCAUCUCAGGAACCCGGCAAGCUAGUCAGCGCAUCUGAGGAUUCCCAAUCAGUCCCUCGACCGCCACAAGCACCAGGUCCCAUCUCGCCGACAAAGCUCGAAGUGACGGAUCAGGAUGACGAUCUUGAAGCGGACUACGAAAGCGAGGGCGAGGGGAGAUUCGCGGUCAUCCCGUUAAAUCUGUCGCCAAUUCCU